AAACUCACCAUCUUGCUAGAUUCUGAACUGAUAACGUCGCAAAAGACAACAUAGGAACUAACUUCUUGCCGGUUGGCUAAAGUUAUUUCAUUUACAGAAGAAAAAAACAUGUUAGGCCCACUUCAGUACUUAUAUCGUUAUUAACAAGCCUCUGUAAAGAUUCUAGAGUGCAGUGGAACAACCACUAAUAAUGAUACAUGUACAAAUUUAAUUAAGAAAAUAAAUAGGUGAGUUAACAGUUCUGACGGCCUCAUCCAGUUCACAAGAUGCUACUUAAAGGACGACAAUGUUUAACAUUGGCGAAACGAUAUCUGACCACCCAAAUUCCAUAUGUGCAAGGACAAUCGCCAGCGCCUAAAAUCAGAGAAUACUUCUACUACAUCGACCACGAGGGGAUGCUCUUCCUCGACGACGCUCGGAUUAAAAACUUCACGUCCUGCUUCAAGGAGAAACAGUUUCUGGAGUUUUUCUUCAAACGUAUCCGCCUGAACGAUGGCGAACGGUACCGGGAUGACUUUCCGUUCGUUUCCCUGUGUGGUCGGGAAAGGAACUACAUCCGCUGCGACGAUGUACCGAUAGUUUUCACGCAUAUUUUUAAAACGCCCGAUUGCUCAGAAAAACUUAGCUACGGACACGCCGGUGAUAUUCUACACGUUCCUUGGGAGCCCAGCCGAAUAUUUAUGUUUCCAACUAGUGGCCGGGUGUAUCAUCCGGCGCCGGAACGGUAUGGAUCAGUAGGGUUAGUUCGGUCUCGGCUGUCCAUCGAAUUGAGCAAAAAUUUCAGAUUUUCUAAUGGCGAGGAAAGCCCGCCAACACAUUUCACCUGGGAUUCAGUUGAGCAUGAACUGGACAUGGAUUGGUGGAAAAGCACAUAUAUUAGUCAGCGUGAAGAACCGAUGGAAUAGUUCGAAUAGUUUAGAAAGAAUUAAAAUGACUGUUUUAAGGAAAAAAAAGUA